AUGACCGGAAAAUCCACAAAAGUCAACAUUUAUAUUACUGUAUUUCUAGGUUUUAUCGACUCAUUCUUGCCUGAAGACUACAAAGAUGGAAAUACUAUUGAGGUAAUUAAAAGUGGUCCUAAGGCCUGUUUCAAACGUCCCGCUUCUCAUGUGCCGAACGAACGCAUAAUUAGAAACAAUAGCUAAUCAGCUGAAAUGGCACAUUAUCUAUAUUGUUUCUAAUGCGUUUGGCACACACAAGUGCGACGUUUGAAACAGGUCUUAGCCGAUUUAUGAACACCAAGCAUACUUUCUUGAUUUAUAUUAAAAACUGAUUGUAAACAAUUUAGUGGCAAAAACGAACCAUGACUGAGGAAGUCUUCCUGUCUUAAACGCAGACCUGGAAAUAGUGGUGGAUCCUGGGAUCGACGUUCCUAGAAAAUGUUUUGAUUGCUAGAAAGGAUUUUCAAUUUUCUUUGGCAGCAAGUUUUAAAAUUUCUUUAAAAAAAAUUAUCCGUAAAAUUCAACAAAAAGGUUAACAAUUUCCCAGUCAAAGAAAUUUUCUUAGAACUGUAAACGCUGAUAUAAGUGAUAUCACCUGAUGCACAAAUGGGUCUCAAAAAAAGUUUUUUUCACUUGACCAUACAUAAAAAUAUUCCUUGAAAUUUAAAUUUCAUUACCACACAACUUGCAAAUGUCAAAUUAGGUAGUAAUAAAUGCUUAUAAGUUAUAACUACAACUGUAAUAAGCUAUUUUAUUAUAUGGCUUUUCAAAAUUUUCCGUAUCUGGACCGGUGUCCCGGAUGUCGUUUAUCUGGAGGGAAAUUUUUGCUUUGCAAACAGAAAAAUUUUUUGCUUUUUAAUUUUCCAAUCGUGUGUCAUUAAAAUUUACAGAUAAAAAUUUCAAACAACCAAAUUGUUUUUGAUUGAGCAUGCAUGCCUACCGUAUAUUGUUACCCAGUGAAACUGACGAUAGCCGAUUUAACUCGCGCGAAAAGCAUAUGCUCAUGCACAGACUCAGUUCAGCCAUAUAAUAAACCGAUUAUUGACCUCGCUUGUUCGGUCUGUACUGUGAAAUAUCAGACCUCUGUUUUUCUCAUGGACCUCGCUCCUUCCUCGCUCGGUCCAUACUAAAAAACCUCUGUCUAAUAAUUCAGGGUACAGACCUCACGCUCGGUCAAUAAGCCGUUAAUAUAUGAGCAUUUAUUACAAUUUAAAUUAAUAUGCUAAGACCUAAGUUGCUAACAUUAGUAACAUAUAGAAUUAAUUAAUAUUAUCCAAUAUCCAAUUUAUUGAUUAAUUGAAUAGAUUUUGUUAACAGUGAAGGCUGUGAAGCACAGUUCAUGCCUAAUAGGUAGGGAUGCACCGGUCUUCAUUAUGACAUUUAACGCUUGUCAAUCUUUUUAUUCUAACAUUUGCGAGGUCUCUCCUUGAUGACUUGAAGUGUCUGCCUGUCUGGCAGCGGACAAAGUAACAUGUGACUAUAUAUGGCUUAAUAAAUUAGUUCCGGUCGGAUCCGGUUCCGGCCGGAACUUAAAAAACUGGUUCCGGUGCACCCCUACUAAUAGCUGUACGAGUCAAAAUGUAAGUGCUGUUAAACCAACUAAAUUUUAUGACAGUGUUUUCAAACAAAAUAACCGCCCCCGGCCUAAAUUUUAUAACAAUGUUUCCAAAGAAAAUAUUUCCCCCAGGCCUAGGAUCCAAGAAAGGCUAGAAUUAUUUCCAGGUCUGCUUAAACGGAACAAUGAUUUCUGAUCGCUAUAGCCUAAAGUAUAUAAAAUAAAUGAGUGAAACAUGUUAUAUCACAAGCCAGGCUAGGCAUACAGUAGUACGUGUUUAUCUCGACAGCUACUGGUCAAUAUGAUGACAUCAAAACUAUUACCUUGUAGCUGUUUCAAAUUUGGAAUUGGGUAACAACAUUUUAAACCCUUCAGUUAUCCCCAAGAAUCACUGGCGUUCCCAGCCUGAAAAAAGGGUGGACACAUUCUCAGGCCACGCCAAUGUCAGGGAUAGUUUUAUGAUCGCGAGCACAUUUACUCAGGUCAAAAAUUGUUACGAGAUGGCGCCAACUCAUUAUUUUUAAUCAAUUUUCAAUCAAAAUAUUUCGAGAAGUAUAAGAGGUUUUCGAUGUGAUUUAAAAGUUCUUUCAAAUAAAACAAACUAAUAUUUUUUGCCAUGUCCCUUAACCCAUUAAGCUGCACAGCUUCCCCAUUGAAUAAAAUUGUAUGGCAUUAGGCAAGUAAAAAAAUAAGUAAGGCGCAUUGCGGCUCAAUGGGAGACAUUGUCAGAUUUUUUGGUUAACCCAUUAAGCUGCAGAGCUUCCCCAUUGACGAGUAAAAUCGCCUGGCGUUAGAAAAAUUUUAAAAAAUAAGCAGGGAUCGAGCACCCAAUUCACAUGAACUCAUUUUCUACGACAAAUUUUUGUGACAAUUUUUUGUUGUUUGCAUUCAAGUCCAAUAUGUUGCAAAUUGUCCACAAUUUGUGGCAAGUUGUCCAUGACCGAAAACAGCCAAAGUUGCUGUGUACACGAGAAAAAAGUUGUCGAAGAAAAUUUGUUCGCCGUGUAGAAAAGGCUUUUGUAUAAUGACAAAAAGAUGGUUCGUAACCAAACCGAUUUAAAAUAUUAAAACAUAUUUGUUUAACAGUCAGACCCAGCCGAGUUGAUUGAAACUGCAAAACGGGCUUUGGCAAAAGGAGAAUUAGAGGUCGCUGAAAAAUACUCGGUUAAGGCCAUGCGGACAGUUAUGUUGGACAACUCAUACAAAAGAAAUCCAGAGCCGUAUCGCUACUUAGCUGAAGUCCUAGAGAGGAGAGCAGAAGACAAAAAUUUGGAGUUGCCGCGGAGACAACGAUUUCUGCUUCAAGCUGCAUCAUUGUAUAACUUUGUGCGCAAUUUUUUAAAAACAGAGGACGUGGAAGGCGAAUUGUCGAAAACGCUGUCGAAAAUCGUCCCUCGUAAGUUACUUGAUAUCCAAGACAACAUGGUUGAAAUGGUUGGAGGAAAUCCUCUUCACUGUAAAUUUAAUUCAGAGCUUAAAGAAAAUGAGCUGAAAAAUUUAAGGAAUGAGGUAAAACAAUCGUUGGAGUCUAUGGAGUGCCGUAGAUCGUCUAAGAACACAGAAUCAUUGAACAAAUGUGAUGUGCGACAGAUGCUCAAAGAUGAAACCGAGGAGAUAGAAAGACUAUCUGAUACAAUUUCGGUUGGAAUGAAGCUGUUCUUGGCAACGAUAGUUAACGAAUGUUUGGAGUUACUUGGAACACCACCUUGUGAUCAUGAAGUCAUUGUCCUUGGGUCUUUAGCGAGAAAUGAAAUGACGCCAUACUCCGAUUUCGAAUGGGCUAUUCUCACAAACUCAGAAGAGGAAGAAUGUAAAGUUUUCUUUCGAAAUUUAACAAACCUGGUUCAUUUGCAGGUAGGCAGAGUCUUUGUAUAGUCGUAUAAUUUUCAGUAGUCUUAUGUUUUUAUUAUAUUAAACCCCAUAUACAGGUGACCAAGUUUUCCUUGACAAGUAUUACUUGCUGAUCUCGUGCGUACGGCAAAAAAUUGACAAUUUUUCUUUGUCAACGAGCCUUGUCAGUCCAAAAACUAGUCAAGUAUUUACUUGCAUGCUUGCGCCAAACGUGCGCUACUAGAUAUUUGCCUCGACGUUCUGUGUCUCGGUAAAUAUCCAUCAUUAUUAUUAUUAUUAAAACUCUAUUUACACACGGAGUCUAUUUCACAGAAUGUACUUUUCCAUGUAGCCGUGCACAUUAAAAAUAUCUACGUAUCACUAUUACAAUUACAUAAUACUAUUACAAUUACAAAUUACAAUUACAACUAAGAAUCACAAUACUAAAGAAAAGUAGAAGAAAAUUAGGAUUGUCUAGUAAUAUUUUUGAAAUUAACUACAGAUGUAGCAUUUACAGCUUCGACAGGUAGGCUAUUCCACAGGACGGUUGCUCUAUAAGUAAAACUUUGCUUAAGGGUGAUUGCUAGAUAGUAUACUUCAAAAUAAGGUUUCCGUUUUUAUAACGUAGAAAAAACUAUCCUAACGCAAAACUAAACCCUAACACUAAUACUAACCCUAACCCCAACCUAACCCUAACCUAAACCCUAACCUAACCCUAACGUACUAUCUAGCAAUUGCCUUUUCUUAAGAAACUCAGCCAAAGGUCUUGGGACAAAAAGCUUAGAAUUUUGUAGCGUGAAACUUGUGGCGUGUGGAUAUAAACAUACAUUUAGUUUUAAGAGCAUUUAAGCUUAGUUUAUUAGCAUCGAACCAACUUUUUAGGAUAUUUAAGUCGCUGUCCAUAGCAGAGAAAACUUGAUUGUAGUCUUUAUCCGCAUAUGUCAAAUUUGUGUCAUCAGCAAAAAGGCGGCAGUCAGACAUGAGAUUACAAUCUGGUAGAUCGUUAAUAUAUAUUAGGAAUAGGAGAGAAAUAUUUUGCGAUGAUAUAUUAUUAAUAGCAGUAUAACUUGAGUUGGUUCAGAAAGAUCAAGAGUAUUGUUACUGAAACCAUAGCAUGAGAGUUUUUUUAAUAGAAUAUUGUGAUCAAUUAUAUCAAAAGCUUUCUUAAGGUCAAUGAACAGGAUUCCAUUAAUUAAUCCAUUGUCCAUAUUAGUAUACCAUUGAUCAGUAGCAUCAAGUAAUGCAGUCAAUGUGGAAUGCAAGGGUCUAAAACCAGAUAUCAGAUUAGAAAGAAGAUUGUGUGUAGUUAAAUAUUCAUACAUUUGGUCAACGAUUACUUUCUCAAAAUUUUUAGGAAUUACAGAUAAGACAGAUAUUGGUCUAUAGUUGUUGGGAUUCAUUUUGCAAACCUCCUUAUGAACAGGAGUGACUCUAGCACAUUUCCAAUCAUUCGGCAUAGUGCGACUACGAAUAGCUAAAUUGAUGAUAUAAGUCAGUGAUUCAAUUGUCGUAGGCGCGCUCAACUUCAAGAGAAAAACUGGAAUGUUAUCAAAACCACUAACUUUUCGCGUAGACAGCUUCUCAACUAAUUUUAGAAUGUCAGUUAUGCUUGUUUCACUGACUUCAAAAUGGCUUGAUGCGCGUUGAGAGAUGCGAUCGUAAUCAAUAUUUUCAUUUUGCGAAUCAAUCUCAGCCGCUAACCUAAGUCCUAUGCUUGUGAAGUGAGUAUUGAAAGCAUUACUGAUCUCCACUGGAUUACUGAUCUCAGUGUUGCCAAUCAGAACUUUCGUACUUGUUUUUAGAGAGUAAACUAUUAAUACCUUUCCAGGUAUUCUUUGUAUGACCCUUAUUAUCGUCGAAGAAAGAACCAUAAUAGUGGCUUUUUGUUGUUUUUAAUUUGUAAUUCACUAGAUUUUUUAAAUUUUUUAAUUAUUCCAAGCUAUUUCAUCAUUAGUUAUUACUGCAAUUCGUUUCAAUUUAUCCCUUUCCCACAUUAUAUAAUUAAUUGCUUAAUUAAUUGCUUAUGAAUAAUUUUUAAAUAUAGUAGUCUCCUCGCAUGUGCUUUUACGCUGCUGUCCGAUUGCUUAUUUCCCUUUUAAGAUAGUCUCUAAGUAGCGAACUUCGUUCCAAAGUUUUCAAUUACAUUUGGAAGUUUGCCAUUUGCCAACGAAUUUUACAACACGUAACAGAAACCUUAUUUGAAAUCAACUGCAAUAAAGCGUAAAAUGCAUAAUACAAUAGUUGAGGGGACGAAAAUGGGGGGGGGGGGAUAGGUGAAAAAGUAUAGAAUAAACAAAGGAGGAAAGGAAGACAUUUAGCGAUGAAAAAGCUCUGGUGAACCGAAGGGUGGGAGCAGAGAAAAACAAAAAUAAGUGGAAAAGAAUCCAGGGCAGGAAGUAUACCAAAGAUAGAAAUACUUUUGAGCAAUCUUUACCUCACUUUAGGUUAUCAACCUGGGAGAAACCAUUUUACCUGGUAUGAAUAUCGAAGCAAUUAAAGAGGCAUGGUUUUAUGAUGACAUAACGACAAGAGGAGUUUCGUUUGAUGGAUUUCUUCCACAAGCGUGCAAGACGCCUUUAGGAAAUAUGCUUUUAGGAAAUACACCGGAAUUUGAGCUGAUUCAUACACCAGAGCAAAUGGCAGAUUUCCAGAACAACGAUUGGUAUCGCAAUAAUUGGAAAUUAGGAGACACAAUGUUGACCUUUUCCCCUCUGCAACCGCAUAAACACAUAUUGGUUGAUGCUUAUCGAAAGGAGAUGGCUAAAAUCUUGUCUUUUCCUUGUGAUUCAGAAUGUUGUGAACAUGACGCUUCGUGUGGUGCUUGGCCUACCCGGGGAUCCUGCCGAGGAAUGAACACUCUUUGCGAAGACGUGUCUCGUUAUGGGGAUGUGAUGACAGGUAAUAACGUCUUGGACGAUGGAAAAAUUUAUGACGUGAAAAAGGAAAUUUAUCGUUUAACAGACCGUGUAUUUGCAGCAUUGGCGAAAUGUUAUGAAGUUGAUGCAAGCGGAACUUUUGCCAUACUUAACGAACUUUAUAGGAUGGAAAUCAUUUCGUCGGAAGCAAGAGAUGACUUUGCAAGUGCUUCGGCGAUAGCAAUUAAGCUAAGAAUAAGUACUUAUCUUAAAGCUGGAAAACAAGGGGAACAGUUCAUGCCAAAUUCAAACGAAGAAACAGGGAAGUUGACUUCAGUUUGCUAUAUGCCAAAUAAUGAAGAACUGUUUCACUUUUUCUUCAUCGCCAUUCCUUUGUAUGAAGAGUUACAAAAGUUCAAGGCGGCCGGCAUACCGCCGUCGCUUAAACAAAGUUCAUUCUUUGACGAAUCUGACGUCACGAUGGGUCAUAUAUAUUGUCGCUUGUUAAAGUACAAGGAAGCUCUUGAAUGCUACAACCGUGCUCUUCAACAGGAUCCAGAAAACCUGAGUAUUGAAAUCCGUCGAAUAAGUAUUGCACUUUGUAUUACAAAGGGCACAGAAGAGAUGGAUGAGAUUCGAGAAAAUUUGGAUAUCUUGUUAUGUAAGAUAGACCAAAGUUGGUCAGAGCCGCAUCAGAAAACCACAGCAUUUGUCAAUCGCUUGGACUUCCAGGAAAUUCGGCAACUGCUAGAAGUAUUGCCUUUGGCUUCCUCGUUUUUUGAUUGUCCCAAAUAUUUUGAAUUGGCAGGAAACAUUCUGUUCCAAAAUCUGGCGGUAGAUGGAAGCGAAUACAGUGCUAGAAGAGAAUUGCUCAUGAUGGUAAUCGCGUUUGCGAGACAUUUGCCCGAGAGUUCUGAUCAGCAGCACAUAAUUGACGCCGUAACUUCUGAAAUGACAUUCUUACUUGACAAAGAAGGUGUGAGCACUAAAAGUAUUCUGUGGUUAAAUAGGCUUGGUGAGUUUCUAUUUGAAAUGCAUAAAAUUGACAAGGCUUAUCGUUGUUUUCAAAGAGCAUUGAGUAUGGAGCGACUCCUUUACCAAACCAAACCAAAUAUAAAUACGAUGACAUCUUUAUAUUUUCUUGGGAUGACCUCAUUCUUCUUGGCAAUGUACAGAGAAAGCAAAUUUUACAACGAAUCGUUGGUGCAACUGUUUGAAUCAUUUGGUGGACCUAAUGCUAGAUUAAUGGUUAAGAUAGCUUAUUUCCAGUUAGGGUUGAUGAGCUACGUAUUGGGAAAUUCUGCGGAGGAAUCUGUGUGUUACUUCGAGAAAAGUUUAAAGGCAACCACUGCAGGCAGCCGAAAUGAUAAAGAAUUAAGAUUAGAUUGUAUUUUCUACUGUCAGUUAGCGACUACAUGGCAUGCUCAACACAACCAAGAGCAAGCGUGGGAGUCUGCUUUGGAUGGAAAGGCCUGCCUGAGAAAAAUUGUUGGAGUACAAGAAAGAGUAAACAUGACUUGUCUGCUCGCUGACACCUUGGCUAAAAUACAGAAAACAAAUGAAGGAAUUGAAAUAUUGGAGGAAGAGGUUCAAGAACUUACUUCCCAGUCUCAGACGGAAGAAAAGGCCUUGUGUCUGAUGAAGCUUGGUAAACUUUGUUUUGAGCAAGGUUUGCCGUCAGAUGCUGAGAAUUAUUACAAACGUGCGCUAGAGGUUAUGGUUGAUAUGCAGGAUAAUAAGAAUAUUUUUGACAUCUUGGAGUGUCGUAUUGGCAUUUCAAAAGCCAUUAUGAUGGAUAACAGGGUAUCUGAAGCAAAAAUAAUUUUGGAUCAAGCUUUCAUUUUAGCCAAAAAAUUGCAUGGGAGUUUGGAAAAAAUGUAUUUUGUUCAAGAUAUGGGAAAAUUCUGCGAAAAUAUUGGGUACAUCAGUCGUGCUCGAGAAUGCUUUGAUGAAGCCUUAAGAACGUACAAAGAGCUAUCGAACGUCGCCAAGAAACCCCCGUUCAUGGAGGUUUCAUUCGAGCUGAAGCUUGGAAAGUUGGCUAAGAACGCUUGUAUUAUUGACUCAGCCAACCCUGAAAUUGCGAUGCAGGCUCAGCGAAGUCAUUAUGAUCGCGCGGCUGAAGCAUUACGGCAACAUCUAGCAACUGGACAAGUUAACUCGUUAACUGUUGAGAGGUUUUUAGAAUUGGCUGUAGCGUACAAGUCAGUAGACUUCAAUGAAGCGGUAAGACUUUUGUUGGAAACUUUAAAUCUUAGUGAAGUGGUAUACGGAAAAAAUAAAUCAAAUCAGACGGUUAUCGAGAUACUUGAAGAGCUUUCGGACGCGUACCGCGAUACAGGAGAUGUGAAAGCCUCUAUAAAGUGUAGAGAGCUUGUAAUAAGGAAGGAGAUGGAUCUGUAUUUAUCAAAUCCAUUUCAUGAAUCUAUAUGCCAGAAUUUGAUUUUGUUGGCCACUGGUUCCUUCGCAUAUCCCGUUAGUAUUGAUACUGUCGAACGUGCUUAUGAAUUUCUUUUAUCUGCUCAGAAAGACAAAGCUCCAACAAACAGUACCGCAAAAACAGCCGCUGCCAGAUGUUUCACUUGUCUAGGUAUAUUAUUUUAUAAUUUAGGUGACCUGGAAAAAGCUGAGACUGUGAACGAGAUGGCAAGUCAGUUAUUUAGCGAAAUUCAGGAAAGUGUUGAAAGAGAAAAACUACCGUUCAAAACAACGUGCGACAUCAUGAAAGAAAUAUUAUCCUCGCAGACGAUAUCACCGUUUGAUGUGAUAAAACUUUCCAACUCUAUUACGACAGCAUUUGUUGCUUUGCGGCGACAAGAUAACUUGGCUGAAGGCUCAAAAACGUCGGAGAACUGUAACAAUGGUUGGGGAAAUGUAGAGUUGUUCAUUCCAAGUUCCGAUGUUGUGAAGCCUCGAGAAAUUGGCUCUUCGGAUCCUAAGACUUUAGACCUUCUGACGCAAACUGUGUCCCAAAUUGAUCUCCAUGUUGAACUUGACUCAUUUCCUGAUGAUGCUUCACUCAAUCCAGGAUUGUCCAAUCUAGAAGUAAAACGACUUUUUCAGUUAGAUGCUCUCGAGCAUAACCGGAAGAUAGGCAAUGUCCAUCAGGCUGCAAAAAUACACGCUUCUCUUCAAGCUGAUGAGUUAUCUUUUUAUGAAAGCUCUCCCUUUGAUGCUGUUGACAAGUUAAUCAGCGACGCAGUCAGAGCAAAAGAAGACAAUAGACUUAGUAGUGGUAUUAGAUCUUUAGAUAUUGCUGUACAGCUGUCAUCUAACUGGAGACGAAAAACCAAGAUUCUUAAAUUGCGUGGGGAAUGUUAUUUAUCCAGGGGCGAUUUCCGAAACGCUGCAAUUAAUUUCAAUGAAGCCAUUUGCGUUUAUUCCAGCGAGACAGUGGGAAAUCGUGAUGACCUGUGUGAAUAUUCAGAAGUGGCGAUUGGUUUAAUAAAAACCGAGAUGCUGUGCCAGAAUGUAGCAGGUGCAUGGGUGGAAUGUCAAGAGGCGAUAGAACUGGUGUUUGAUCAUGAGCAUAGCGAAUCCGUGCAUCUGCAAGCGAUAGAGUUGCUUUACCUUCAAGCAAAAUGCCUGGACAUUUUGUCAGACAGUGCAGAAAGCAAAGAUGUUGAGAUUGCCCUAAGUUGCUCUCUGUGCCAACAAGCUAAUUUUAUCUUGAGCCAGACAACGAACUCCGUUGAGCAAGCGGAAGAACGUGGAAGCUCGGGAGCUGAAAAAUUUUUAGCCUUGAAGUGUGAAGUGCAGCUGUUGUUGGCGGCAGUUUUCCGAAAGUUGCAUAAAGAAGAAGAAGCUGGUAAAAUUUUGGAAGAGAUGGAGCAAUUUUUUUUAAAUAUUGCCGACAAAUUUGAAUUUCUAGAAUGUGGUCGCCUAUUUUCAUGGAUUGGUCGAGUGUUAGUUAUGCGUGAUAAAAUAAAGCGAUCUAUUACUUGGCUGAGUAAGUCACUCUUGGCGUUUUUCUCAGCUGCUCUUCCCGAUAUGUUGUCAUUUUAUGAAGAAUUUCUUCCUUUGCUGCAGGCAAUUACGGUUACCAAAUCCAGUGGUACUAGUCACGAAAGUCGCUCUCCGUUUCAACAGGCUCUUGAUAUGUGCAAAGAAGUGUCGGUAAAGCAUGGCAAUGAUUUAAACAACGUCUACGAGUUUUUAAAAACAUUGGCAAAUAUCUACAUGGGCCUCGGUCGCACUGAAGAAGCAAUUGUUGUAGCAGAAACUGGUUUAGAAAUAUGCGAUUUGAUGGGGGAUACCAAUGUCACUGAUCGAAUAAACAAUCGCGGCAGAAUGUUACUUUAUCUGGCCCAAAUGCACCAACAAAAUUCAACUAACUCGGCCUUUGAUAGAAACAAGGAGCUAAAUCUUGCAGAACGCUAUUACCUUACCGAUCAAGACUCAGCAGCGGAAUUUGGUCUUCAAACGAACCUAAGCUACGCCAACUUUCUAUGUGAACAAAAGCGUUUUGUGGAUGCUGAUGCUGUGCUUCGUGAUAUGAACAAUUUAGGCCAAGAACUGUCGGAUAAGUUUGUGUAUUGUGCCUAUUUUUCACGUGUCUUUUAUGGUCCGGGCAUACAGAAAAGCGUCGAAGUUGACGGCGAGCUAUUGUCAACUGUUGAACAUUGUAUGUACAGCACAAUGGUCCGAGUGUUUGUUGGAAUGGGAAAGAAAACAGAUGCAGUCGCUGCGUGCGAGAAACUAACAGCCAACCCACUAGUUGUUCAUGAUACAAUUCACGAGAAACGUCCUUCUAGUAUCCCGUACCUUAUCGAGGCCUGUCAUCGCGAGUUGUUGUCUCUUUUGAGUGACGAAGACCAAAAACAACUUCAGAAUUGUGAAUUUCCGUUAUCUCCAGCAAAUAUUUUCAAAUUGUAUUACAUGCUUAACGAAUACACCUUGGCACUAAAAUACUACACGGACGAGACACAAUCACCCGAUAUGAUCGAAAUGUGUAACACAAUGUUCCGAGUGUUUGUUGAAAUGGGAAAGAAAAGAGAAGCGGUAUCUGCGUGCGAGAAACUGACAGCUAACCCAGUAGUUGUUCAUGAUGCAAUUCACAGGGAACCUCCUUCCAGUACCCCAUACCUUAUCGAAGCCUGCCAUCGCGAGUUGUUGUCUCUUUUGAGUGAUGAAGACCGAAAGCAACUUCAGAAUUGUGAACUUCCGUUAUCUCCAGCAAGUAUUUUCAAAUUGUAUUACAUGCUUAACGAAUACACCUUGGCAUUGAAAUACUACACGAACGAGACACAAUCGCCCGACUUGAUGGAAAUGAAAAUUUCAUGCUUGCGCUUAGCUGGAAAUGAAUUAGUGGAAAUGGGUAGAGUAGAUGAAUCAGAUUCAUACUUCACGCAAUUUCUUGCAAUGCUUCAAACUAAAGAGGGAUUUCUGGACCAGCCCUUUCAUGCUCAAUGCACAACCCUUGCACGAUAUUCUUCUGCAAAUCAAUAUUACAUUUUCCGCUCGUUGGGACGUAUAAUGGAACGCGAAAGAGGGAAUCUUGAUGGUGCAACUCAGUGUUAUGAACGAUGCCUUGAACUGGAUACGGAUUUGAGCCUUGACCAAGACCUUGUGGCAACCCUGCAUGAGCUUUAUCGAUCAAAGGCGUUAACAGGUGAUAUAGAAAACCAAGAUUCCUGCGAACGGCUGAUGAGCCAUGAUUUUGAUUUGUUCCAGGAGCUGUUUCAAGAGUGUGCCGAAUUGUCAAUAUUUGAAGAAUGGUCGUUUGCGUCAAGUUUGUUGGAAUUGGAAUGUUAUCAUGAAGCUGUUGAACAUUUUGAAAAUGUUAUUAAAACAGCAGAUGACGAGCCUAUGGUCUAUACGGACGUAGACAAGCCGUCGAUCGACGUUUACCUUCGUCGUGAGAUUGAAACUAGUGGCAGUAUUACCAUCCCAGUGAAAGUUCACGCUUUCUACGAGUUAAUUUUAACUUAUAUGAAAUUGAAUGAAGUGGGAAAAGCCCAAGAAGUUGCGCUUGGAUUGGAGAAUUAUGUUGAACGCUUUCAAUUAACUCCAGAGUAUUCUCUGGCUCUGUCUACUGUAGGAUAUGCCAACAAACUAAUUGGAAACAAACAAAAAGCCGCGGAGAUAUUUGUUUCGGUAUUGGAAAUCAACCCGGGGCAUUUACCGGUCACAGAAGCAUUGGAAAGCCUCUGUGUGUGA